AAGCAAGUUGUAGUUGAGGUGUCGGUGGUAACUAAGGCCUACUCACUUGAUUUGAGCAUUACAUUUCCUCUUCUUUCUGCUAAUCUACUCCCACCUGCUCUUACUCAACUCAACUUCUCCACCAUUCUCUCUCAUUCCCUUACCAAUUUUCAUCACUACUACUACAUUUAUCUCAAAACCAAUCUUCCAACCAAUCAUUAUUUCAUUAAAUUUCAAUCUUUUUCUCCUGAGAAUUCAGAUUUCCAACCCACAUUCUGUUCAUUUUUUCUGGGUUUUUUGUUUCCAUUUAAAGUUUAAAUCUUUAGAAAAUGCAGAGAUCUGAGAGAGAUGAUCCUAAUGAUAAAAAGAAGUAUUCUUCCAAUUGGGUUUUUGUUUUCGGAAAUUGGAUCUCUAGUAUAAUGGUGGAUCCAAGACAAAUUCUUGCUGGGUUUCUUACUGUCACUAUGUUUGUUAUGCUUGCUCAUAUGAUCAAAAGAGACCAUUUUAGUUCUCAUUCUCAGGUGAGGAUGUCAUCAUCUCAAACAACUCCAUUUGAAGGAUCCAAAUUUGCAGAAAGUACUGCUGUUUCAGUUGAUAGCAGUGGUUUAUGGAGGGAUGAUGCUCCUGAGCUAAAACCUUGUUGGAGUAAACCAAGUUUAGAAGAAGUAGACCGAUCCGAUGGAUAUGUUACAUUCUCAUUGACUGAUGGUCCAGAAUACCAUGUCUCACAGAUUGCUGAUGCGGUGGUAGUGGCAAGAAACCUUGGUGCGACUCUUGUACUCCCUGAUAUCCGGGGAAGCAAGUUAGGAGACAAGAGGGAGUUCGACGAUGUCUAUGAUGCGCAGAAAUUUAUAAGUAGCCUCGAUGGUGUGGUCACGGUAGUUAAGCAACCCCCUUCAAAAAUAUCGAUGAAAAAAAUUGCAGUAGUAAAGGUUCCAAAUCGUGUCACGAAAGACCACAUUGCUGAAAAGAUCGAGCCAGUGUAUAGGGAAAAGGGAAACAUCAGGCUAGCUACUUAUUUUCCUUCGGUAAAUAUGAAGAAAUCUAAAGCAAAAAGUGAUAUCGACUCUGUUGCGUGUAUGGCAAUGUUCGGAACAUUAGAUUUGCAACCAGAAGUACGUGGGGUUGUGGACUCGAUGAUUGAGCGGUUAAGAACAUUGAGCCGAAAGUCAGAUGGUCGCUUUGUAGCUGUCGAUUUGAGGGUUGAUGUUUUAGAAAAGAAAGGCUGCAAAGAUAAAGAGAAUUCGGGAUCUAAGAGUUGUUAUGAUGCCGGAGAAAUUGCUUCGUUUUUAAGAAAACUUGGGUUCGGUAAGGAUACUACUAUAUAUUUGACCCAAUCGAGAUGGGAUAGUUCUCUUGAUGCCCUAAAAGAGCUCUUCCCCAAAACAUACACAAAGGAGGGAAUAAUGCCGAUGGAUAAAAAGGACCAAUUCCUUGAUUCUGAAGCCCCGACCCUUGAAGAGGUUAUUGACUUCUACAUCUGUUCUGAGAGCGAUGUUUUUGUACCAGCAAUCUCUGGCUUGUUCUACGCCAAUGUUGCCGGGAAGAGGAUUUCUUCUGGCAAAACAGAAAUUCUCGUUCCAUCAAAUAUACCCGGGGUUCCUGCUUCCCCGGAUAACUUCAUUUCUCAUUACAUCACCAAGAAAAACCACUUGGCCUAUUCAUGUUUCUGCUAAUAGUUUCUCAGAAGACAAAGACUCACCAAGAAAAACCACUUGGCCUAUUCAUGUUUCUGCUAAUAGUUUCUCAGAAGACAAAGACGAGAAAAUAUGCGGCCAAAUACCAUUCUACAAUAGUGUUCAGAAUUCCGAUAGACAAGUGAGUCGAAACAGUUUGUGUUACGAAUUUAUGGUUGAGUGAUUUUUUAUACUUAAAUUCCCGUUCUAGGUAACCUUAAAACAAAGAGAAACGAUACACGAUGAACGCCCGAUCUUUAGAGAUACAGCUUGUAUUAUAUGUAUUAAGUUGUGUUUUAGCUAUAUUUCUCAUUGUUAACAGUAAUUCCCGAAAUGCUAGUUUGGUUUCAGUUUGUGGCUUAGGGGUGUUUUGCAACAUGCUAGUUUUUUUUUUGUUCCCAGUGUGCAAUGUAAAAUGGGGAAUAUUUGGUAAAAAAAAUGAUAUAAUUUCUAAAAUUUGAACAAGAAAA